GAAGUUGGAAAGAGUCUGAAGAAGAAGGCAAAGAAAAAAUAAGGCCAAUAGAAAAGUUGCUUAAAAUUAGCCAUACAAAAAGUUGACUUUAAGGUGAACCACCAAUAAUCUGACACAUGAACUGACAUCACUAAGUAGUAAUUAUCAUCGGUGAUAACGACGCUCUACAAUACAGAGAUGAUGGAGCACUGGGAUGUUGGGUGGAAUCAUGUGGUCCAGGUGCACCAGCCCAGAGAAGUGCAAAACCAUCAAGAAUCCACUGAUUUGCCAUUCACCCUCUUGUCUAUGUGCCGACUCUCUGUCUUACCAUAGGGUUAGUUGGCAUCAUGGUACUUGUACCUUUAUAGAGAAACCAUUAAUUAACUCAGGGAAGGUUUCUCUAGCAGGGCAAAUGCCUUCAUUUUAUGAAACCCAAUAGUUGCCUGGAGCUCGGCCCAUUGAGACACAACGACUACUUGUGAGAUUGUUAUGGAAGCCUUUCUGAAGGACAUUCCAAGUAGAGAUCUCAUUAGUCUAAUCAUCUUGUUUCAUCAGAACAAGCACAGUCGUUAACAAUGUCUGAGUGCUGAGAAGUCGUUAAUGAGAAUCAUUAGGAUCUGUUUGGCCCAAACGUGUGUAAGUCUCAAAGAAUCCUUGUGAAAUUCCAGUGGUGAGAAGCUCCUUGUUAACUCCAGGUUACUCAAGAUAAUGUCUAUUCAAGGACAUGUGAGAAAGGCAAGUGGAUUAGGUCCUGACGAGCCUUCCUCUUGUAGCCAGGAGACGUUGCUCAGCCCGUGUCAUUAAACCUGUGUCUUCUUUUGUACUCGGUGCCACCACGCUUUGCCACAAAUACUGGCUCCCAAAAUAGACGCAUUUCUUCAUGACACAAACUACUGAGAAGCUUCAUAUAUAAGCUGCACAAAGACCUUCUGAUCUCAGAAGCUUCACAUGCCCUGUCAGAGGGGAGACUUCAGAGCUUCAAAAAGACACCCCAAACCAUGGAGUCUCGAAAUGAGAAGACACACAAGAGCCUCUUAUUCCUGGUUCUUCUCUGCUCGUUGAUCUCAACAUCUCACAGUGCUCCCGACUGCUGCCGCCAGAAGACCUGUUCCUGCCGGAUAUAUGACAUUCUCCGUGGUAAUGGUAACCACGCCGCCGGGAUUCUGACCCUGGGCAAACGAAGGAGUGAUUUCCAGACCAUGCAAAGUCGACUCCAGAGGUUGCUCCAAGGCUCCGGCAACCACGCAGCGGGAAUCCUCACCAUGGGGAGAAGGUCUCAGGAUGAAGAGGAGACCAACUGUAUCAAUGGUCCCAUGGGCAGUAGCUCCACUUCCAACUCCCUUUCACUUCUCACACUGCUUUGCCCAACAGAGUCAGAGCCAGGCAAUGGCAGCAAAGGCUUUGGGUGCAAACAAAACCCUACAAUGUAAUUAUUAAGUAAAUGUUCUUGUAUCAAGAGGCGGUGGGGAAGGAAGAACAAGGUAACAAAGGUCAAAUGAAGUAACAAUCAUGGAAGCAAUUUUCCAUUCUUCAGAAACAUUUCUUGGUCUCAUCCAAUUCAAAACCCCUUAACAAAAGAUGACAUUUGUCAGGUCCUGGUCUCCUAGUCUCUUUUUAUUAUUCUGCCUGACCAUUCAUGUUUGUAUAGACAAUGGUUGGGAUGUUAAAAUUCUUCAUUUAAGUGUUUUAUUUAGUGAACUUACAGCCACUUUAAAUAAUAUAUAUAUUACACAAGGAGCCAAUAUCCUUAAUAGUUAAAGUAAAAGGAAGAUGCUUGAACCUCAGACAAGCAAGGGCCCCCACUUAUAAACUUGAGUUUGGGAUUUUGCAUUUCCCCACUAUUCGGAAAGACCCUAAAGUUCAUUUUGUAUUAGAGAAUUCCAAUGUACAACAAAAAGUAUCCCUAUUUAAAGACGUACAGAAUUGAAAGCCUUCAUUCCCUUUCAGAUCCCGACCAAUAGCCACAAACGGUCACAUAUUUGGAUUUCCAUUCCAGUUCAUGAAACUCCGGCUUUGUAGUCACCAGGGUAACGGGACACUUUCAUCACAUGAUUAGAGCUAUUUUUGUAUAAUUAAAUUCUUUUACCCAAGUUGUUACUAGUCUUGUGUUGUUUCAACAGUCCCUUGGAAAUCCACUUGAAUGCUUCCAAUAAACCCCCUCGCUGACUUUUAUAGAAUCUCUAAGUUUUCAUUCAGCAAAUUCUCAACAUUUGAAUUUGAAAAAAAAAUCUAGCGAAUCUAUUCAGCAUUUAUUUAGCCCUGAUUUUUACACAUUACAGGAAAAAAAAAAGUAUUGGUAAAUUUGCUCCUAAGGGUUGCAUUUCAAUUUGACCCGACUGCAAGUAUUUCAUUGAAUGUUGGUAAUUGUCUAAAUUUGAACGCAAAUCCUGGGUUAUUUUGUGUUGAACUGGACUCAGGACAGAGCGGCCCCUAUAGAUCCACAUAUACAGUUAUUUUCACACAGACUCCGGGUUUGAGACUUUUCAUUAGAGAACACUGGGCUCCCUAUGAAUAACAUGGACUAUAAUAAAUGAUUAGACUGCGUGUGACCCAGUUUCCCAUGAAGUAGAAUUGGGAAAUAAUAAUAAAUGUAACAAACACUGGAGGGCAGAAGAGGAUAAAGUGCAGAAUAAAGCGACGCUCUCAUUCUCUCAAUCUCAUGAUUUACAAGCGACGCAGUUGAAAUUCCCAUGAAUGAGCCUCUUGCUCUAGUGAAGGAGUCACAGCAGCCACAAGCCUCAUUUACUAUUUGACUAUAACCAAUCACUAGUUAUUUCCUAUGGCCAAUACUGGAUCAAUAUAUUGGUAUGAAAUAUUAUAAAACUCUCCUCUGUUCCUGCAGCUUUCACUCUGUUCUGGUCACUGUUAUUGUGUCACUUCUGAGUUUGAGGGGCUCCUAGUCACUAUGAUUUCUUAUUAAAGUCAGGAUAUAGUUCAGCAUUGCCUUUUGCUUUAACCCUAGAGAAAGAGAGAGAACAGACAAGGAGAACCGACUUCACAUUGUAGGAACAUUGACUCAAUGGGUUGUUCCCAAUGACAAUUCCACCUUUGGUUAUUUCUGACUGUUCGACUCUAUAAUGACAUCAUAUGACUUAUUAUUACUAUUUGUAUUAUUAAAUCCCCUUAGUCAACCAAUUCCACAUCUUCACAGAUUUCACUAUAACAAACAGCUAAAAUGUAAAAUCUUUCAUCUGAUUGAUGGCAGUUGUGUCCUCAGUUAAGAUAUACUAGUUAACUAGUGAAUUCUCUACUAAUACUAAUUUAGAAUUUGGUACCUAUUCUCCAGC